GUAGUUGAAAAAGGGCAUAACCCUAGUCGUGUAAUGAGGCGGAAACGUGAUUUCCAAAAGGACACGUGUCAUCAGCUUAAUGCCUGAGCCUUUUCUUCAGCUUGCCGUGAAAUCAGCAGAACAAGAACAAGGAUUGCUCUAUAACUUCUCCCUUUCUUUUACACUCUCUUCUUCUUCUUCCCAUGUACCUUACUCAUGGGUGUGCAGAAAGAAGAGAUCUGUAAUUCAUAAUGGCGGCGGCGCAACCACCAUCGUUGUUCCUCCUCCUCCUCCUCCUCCAUCUUCUAACGCCGUUAACGUGAAAGCUUCAAGUCCAACAACCCCUCAUUCGUUUCCAACAACGGAAUCAGAUGACAAAAUUAAACAUUCCGAAAGAACCACUUCUCUCAAAAGGAAGAAAGAGCACUAUCUUAAUAUUAUUGAAGAUUUGACGAAAACUAAACACUCCAUCACUCAAGAGAUUGCAAAUGUGAAACGUGAUUGUGAACAAUUGAAGCUCGUCAAUUCCAAAUUGAAAGCAAAGGGAAAAGAGCUAAAUAUUAAUGGUUCCAAAGGUGAAUACAAAAUUCCCAAUUUAGAAAUGAAUGAUCCAAUGAAAGUGAAUGAUAUCAUCAAAAAUCCAGUCAACAGUUCCAACCCCGUUCCUAAAAAGGAAGCGCAAAAAAUGCAAAUGCCCAAUUCAACGACGUCGUUGGCAGUUGCAUCAUCGUCAUCUUCAAUGGGCCGAAACAGUGGUGAUAUGGGCCCAUUAUCUAUUCCUGAUUUGAACAUAUCAUUUGAAGCAAUUAAAGAUUUGAGUAAAGUAAGGGCAGUUCAAGCAAGACAGAGAAGGAUUCAUAUUUUGAGGAUCAAGAAAUAUAAUGCAAAACAAUACCAAUCUGCUAUUAGUAGAUAGUAAUAACUCAAAAACUACCUUGAACUGUUACCCUGAAGACAAUUUGUUAUAGAAUUUUUAAUCUAUUUUAGAAAGUUAUAUAUAUUCAUUAUAAGUAUUUCUUUGUUAGAAAAUUCUUUUUAUG